UGGAUUGCUUCUGAAAAAUCCAGAAGGUAGCCAUCCGCUCUCCCUCCCCCUCUGUUUUGUCCCCUUUUGUCCCCCGAACCAAGACAGACCCAACCCUAGCAGGUGGCAGUCGUUCCCGCCGGCCGCCGGAAUCGAGUCGGCCACCAAUAUCCCUCCGACAAAUCAAAAGUGCAGGUUGCAUCUCUGUAUGACUAGAUUUGUGAAAAACAUCCUCAAGGUAGCCUUUGGGACCAAGGCAGACAAAGUAAGGUUACAUUUCAAACUCAACAAUACUCAGGUUCAGUCUGCUUAUUACUAUUUUUUGGAUGCCGGCAUCUGGUGUGUUGCGGAAGAUUCUUUGAAAAUGUCUGAAAGGGGGAACUUAGAAUUGUCAAAUUCUUCAAGGAAUAAGCAAGUCUCAGGGAAAUGUUCGGUUGCCUCUCCUUCAAAGAAACUGCUACCCUAUACUUUCAAACGUUUGAUGUCAUUGGACCAUGCUAAAUUUGGAAAAGAAACUGCUCUUCAAGUGGGUUCGUUUCUGUUGAAACUUGCAGCACUGGAGGUGGUUAGGAAGAUUUCCAAAGCAAGGUGUCCAUUCUUGUGGCAAGCUAUGCAGGGAUUAUAUCUCCUGACUUAUCCUCCAUUUCGGUUUCUGCGGAGAUGGAAACCUUUCCGUUUUCUGAUUGAAGGUUCACAGAAAAUGUCACGGCCAUUGUUGUUCCUUUCAAUAGCAACAGCAUUCACGGAUCAAUAUGAUGAGUAUAAUGAAGCUUCAAACAUUGUGGAGCCUGUCGAUACUUCUAUGAUGGAUGAAUCUCCAGAUGGCCUAGUUUCUGCCUCUUCAGAGACUGCUGAGGAGACUGGUGAAAUUGUUGAACCAGAGAGUUGGCUAUCACAUCUAAAAGGUGAACUUCAGAAGCAGGGAAUUGUUAUUCCAGAAAGGAUAGAUGAGGAUGAGCUCCAAAGGUUCUAUGCUGCUGCAAACAAUGAUUUUUUGUGCUUUGUUUCAUCAAUAAAAAAAACUAUUCAAUGGAGGGAAGCAUACCGUAUUCUCUCCAAAGAGGAACUUGAGGCAUGGUCACAUUUGGUCUUUUGGCAUGGAUUUGAUGUCAAGCUACGCCCUUGUCUUAUUAUUCGCUUGGGAUGUGCUUGCUUGUCCUUGGAUAAUUCUCAAAGGCCUCGCUUUGCACAAGCUGUUGUUUCCCAAGUAGAAUAUGGAAUAAUGAACUUAGUGAACAAGGAUGAUCCUCGAAUUACUGUUGUGCUGGACUGUGAAAGGAUAUCAGCUCUCAGAUUUCCCAUGAAAAUGAUGAAAUAUUGUUCAACUCUUAUGCAAGACCACUAUCCAAAUCGACUUGCUUCAUUAUUGGUGAUAAGGCUUCCUCCAGUUGUCCGACUUUUGGCACAGACAUUUAUUCAAAUGCUGAAACCAGUGACCCGGCAAAAACUGCACAUUGAAGGGGACAAGUACAUUAAAAUUCUCUCUGAGCACCUACAAACAAUUCCACUAUUGCUAGGUGGCUGCUGUAGAUGUGCUCAGUGUUCAGCUCUCACUGCCAGGCACACCUGCCAAUCUAUUAUUGAUUCCAAUGAGGAUCUCCAGCCUAGUGAUUCUUCAGUUGAAGUCGUAGAUAAUUCAUAUAUGCUUGACCAAUUGUCUUACAGUGGUCACUGUGACAAAGUCCUCAGGACUGCUAUAUUAAGCAUUCUCAUGUUGUGGGUCGUCAUUGCACUAAUUGCAGGAAUCUAUGAUCCUGAGCAGUAUAGCUUGUUGCCAUAAAACCUGCAGUGAUCAGGUUUGUGAUUCAUCUACUGUUAUGUACAUGCACAUAUUUGUUUCUCACCUGGUGCGUUAUUACGUCUGUUGUAUAGUUCUAUUCAAAUUCCUACUUGAUA